AUGUGUGCCAUCACAAAGGCCACCGAUCCGUGUGAAGCUGCCCACAUCAUCCCAUUCAGCUUCGGAUGUCAGCCACAAUGGGGCAUAAGCAUGUUUUGGAAGGCUCUACGUUGUUUUUGGACCCAGGAUCAGGUUGAAAAGUGGCGUCAGUUUCUUGAAGAGAACCCCGCCGAAGCAGUGCGCAAUAUGGUUCUCCUGGCCCCAAGCGUCCACCGAUACUGGGACCGGCAACUAUUUGCGUUAGAGCCAAUGCAUAUGUCGGACGAUAAGACAACUCUACACCUCAAGUUUCAUUGGCUUUGCCCUAGGCCUCCAGUUAUUUCUUUCCCCCCAGAUGGUCCGGUUAGUUAUCAGCCCCCUGAGAUGCCCGGAAAUCUAGAGUUUGGUGGCCGUACCACCAAGUACGCCCUAAAACCAAACCUACGACUCUAUAAUUGUGAGACAGACUGCCGCAUUUCGUCAGGAGAUGUUAUAACCCUCUGCACAGAUGACCCCGACCUACUUCCACUACCAGAAAUAGAACUUUUCCGCCUACAGUGGCUUCUGCACAGAAUCACUUCGCUUGCAGCAGCCGCGGGAUAUCUUGAAGAUGAUGAAGACUACGACGACUUUGCGUUUGAGCCAGCUGCUCUAGAGGACGAGUGUUCCAAAUUAUUUCCCCCUUCUCGCUUCUUCAUGGGAACCGAUGAUUCUUCGUCUUAUUAUCUAUAG